AUGAUGACUGGAACUACCGCGUCACCCGGCACCAAAGCCACUCCCAUGUCCUUCCUUCUGCCGUCUUCCUUCUCCCUCAGGGCGUCGAAGUCGAGCAACCUUUGGCUGAUGAGAAGGCUGCCCGUUAAUGUACGCUGUGUCAGCAGCUCUCCGGCCGCUGAUACAUCUUACACGACGAAGGUAUCACGGAAUGCGAACAUAGCCAAGCUCCAAGCAGGCUAUUUGUUUCGUGAGAUGGCCAAAAGAAGAGCAGCUCAUCUGCUGAAGCAUCCCGACGCAGAAAUUAUAAGUCUGGGAGUAGGUGACACUACCGAACCCAUUCCGGAGGUCAUAACAAAUGCCAUGGCAGAGAGAGCGCAUGCUUUAUCCACAGUUGAUGGCUACAGUGGUUAUGGAGCUGAACAAGGUGAAAAGAAACUAAGGGCGGCAAUUGCUGCAACCUACUAUGCGGAUCUUGGUAUUGAAGAAGCCGAUGUAUUUGUCUCUGAUGGUGCAAAAUGUGACAUUUCUCGUCUACAGGUUCUAUUUGGAUCUAAUGUGAAGAUUGCAGCUCAAGACCCUUCAUAUCCCGUAUAUGUUGAUUCAAGUGUUAUCAUGGGUCAAACUGACUUGUAUCAGCAGGAUGUUCAGAAGUACGGAAAUAUUGAAUACAUGAGAUGCAGUCCUGAAAAUGGUUUUUUCCCUGAUCUUUCAAGUGUCCCACGGACGGAUAUCAUAUUCUUUUGUUCACCCAACAAUCCUACUGGUGCUGCUGCAUCUAGGGACCAACUAACACAAUUAGUCAAAUUUGCGAAGGACAAUGGUUCCAUAAUAGUCUACGAUUCUGCUUAUGCCAUGUACAUAUCAGAUGACAGCCCCAAAUCCAUCUUUGAAAUUCCUGGAGCAAAAGAGGUUGCCAUGGAAACAGCAUCUUUCUCUAAAUAUGCUGGAUUCACCGGUGUCCGGCUGGGUUGGACCGUGGUCCCUAAGGAGCUCCUUUUCUCUGACGGGCAUUCAGUUGCUAAAGAUUUCAACCGCAUAGUCUGCACUUCCUUCAAUGGUGCAUCAACCAUUUCUCAAGCCGGCGGUUUAGGCUGCCUCUCACCAGAGGGUCUACAGGCUAUGGAAGACGUUAUCGGGUUCUACAAGGAGAAUACCAAAAUCAUUGUUGACACAUUUACAUCGCUUGGGUUCAACGUUUAUGGUGCCAAGAAUGCUCCCUAUGUGUGGGUGCACUUUCCUGGCCGUAAUUCUUGGGAUGUCUUUGCCGAGAUCCUUGAGAAGGCUCAUGUGGUUACUACUCCUGGCAGUGGAUUUGGGCCUGGCGGCGAGGGCUUUGUGAGGGUUAGCGCAUUUGGCCACAGAGAGAGCAUCAUUGAAGCUGCAAGAAGACUGAAGCAGCUAUACAAAUGAGGAUUAAUUCAGCCCAUAUCAUCCUCUCCCUAGGGAACCAAUAAGAACCCAGAAGCAUUUUGGAAAACGAGAUUUUCUUCUAAGCUACUGGGCAAUGUUAGAACAGAGACAGCAUGUUGUUUCUGUUCCUCUGAGUGUUGGCUCUGUUCGUAACCAUUUGAAUUUUCUUGCUGAAUUGCUGCGAGCCUGGAUCAUGGUAGUAUUUGCCUCACAUCCGCUCGUCAUCCACAAUGUAGCCAAUCCAAACCCGGUAAUAAUAACUUUACUCCAAACUUUGAGGUGGUCGGAUUGUGCUAAUAAGAUGCUGCCACAGAUCA